AUGGCAGCUUUGAUGAAGGAAUGUAGUACAUAUCUACAAGAUAAACUACCCCCAAAGAUUAAGGACCCUGGAUAUUUUACCAUACCUUGCUACAUUGGAACAUCUUAUUGUGAUAAGGCACUAUGUGAUUUUGGUGCAAGCAUCAACUUGAUGCCCAUGUCAAUAUUCAGAAAAUUGGGGAUAGGUGAGGUUAAACCAACUACGGUUACACUUCAGUUAGUAGAUCAAUCCAUAACACAUCCGAAAGGAAAAAUCAAGGAUAUAUUCGUACGUGUAGAUAAAUUUAUUUUUACUGCUGAAUUUGUUGUCUUAGACUUUGAAGAAGAUAAAGAGGUUCCAAUCAUCCUAGGAAGGCCUUUCCUAGAAAUUGGUAGGACCCUUAUUGUAACUGAGUUAGAGGAAUUAGUUGUGGAAUAG